CUCCAUCCACAGCGCAGGAGCAGAGAAUGAACUUGUCUCUUUACCUGCUUAAAGGCGCCGCCGGUUGUGUGAACAGCCCAACCUGUUCACGGGACAGGGAAAUGUUUCUCCUGGAAAGUUUAAAAAAGCUGAAAUACACGACAGUGCAGGAGUCAGAAGUAAAGGAUUAGAGAGGAGAAGAGUCCUUGGAUGUAAAGCGGGCAAUAAGAGAGAGGAUUAGAUCCCAUAGCGAGGAAUCAGAGCGAGUGUUGUUGUCAAAGAUGCGGAAACAACAGCAAAAACAAUCCGGAUUUUGAUCCACUUUGGAUAUUUACACGCGCUGGCAGCAGCAUGCCUUGGCUCAGGAGAAGGGUGAAAAUGUCCAGAUUUGGAGUGACACCCAAACACCCUGAAGUUUUCUGUCUGUUGGGACUAUUUCUGUGCUAUGCAUCGGCUGGUUUUUACACCAUUCCGCGGAACUAACGGGUUUGGUUUGUACCUGAGUCAUCAUGUCAAAAGUAAUUCAAAAGAAAAACCACUGGAUCACUAAAGUGAAUGACUGCCUGGUUAUCCGGGGCGCUUGCGGGGAGCUGAAUGUGGAUCUGUGCGGCGGGGCAGAGCAUGGAGAGUUUGCGUACAUCGGGCAAGUUAGGGAGGAUGCUGUGGUGUACCAGGACGGUAAACUCUGUGAGGGGGAGCUGCUCCUGGAGGUGGAGGGGCUGCCUGUGUCUGGAUUACCCCUAUAUGACAUUUUAAAUGUGAUUAAGUUCUGCAAAGAUCCAGUCAGGUUGAAAACAGUGCGUCAAGGUCACAAGCUCAACAAGGACCUGAAGCGCUAUCUGAGCCUGAGGUUUCAGAAGUCUUCCCCCGACCACGAACUGCAGAAGACCAUCAGAGCCAAUCUCUAUCGCCAUGCUGUGCCUUGUACAACCCGGCCCCUUCGAGACGGAGAGGUCCCAGGGGUGGAUUACAACUUCCUGUCUGUGGAGGACUUCCUAGAACUUGAGGAAAGUGGAACACUACUGGAAAUAGGAACAUAUGACGGUAACUAUUAUGGGACCCCCAAGCCGCCAAGGCAGCCCAUCAGUGGGACAGUGAUUCUCAGUGAUGCAGGCUCCCAGCAGUCCACCCCAAAGCGCACCAAGUCCUACAAUGACAUGCAAAACGCCCGAGUAGUGCCUGCUGACGACGAGGAUGACGACCAGGCCACGGAAAUGAACAACAGUUUUACAGGAUCUUUAGUGCGUAGUCUCUUCCCCUCUCCUUUGUUGUGCACAGGUAACCCUAUUGACCAGGACGAGAGCCGCGGCGGCACCCUCCGGCCGUACCCCGCACGUGACAAUGCUCCAUCCUGUGGUCUGAACAAUGCGGCCGCCUCCACCUCAGAAAGUGGGCAGCAAACCCUCGCAGAGCCGCAGGUCUCUCCGGAAGACCCGCAGGGACCUCUGCCUGAAAACUGGGAGAUGGCCUACACUGAGAGCGGAGAACUUUACUUCAUAGACACGGCAAAGCCACACCACCAGGACAUGGAUGUGUAUUUUCAGAGCUUCCACAACACAAAGACCACAUCAUGGAUGGAUCCUCGGUGUAGAGACAAAGCCUCACGGCCAGAAGAGUGCGAUGAUGAAGAAGAAGGAAUACAUACGGAGGAACUGGAAGCUGAUAUAGAGCUGCCUCCAGGAUGGGAAAGGAUAGAAGACCCAGUGUACGGGGUGUACUAUGUAGAUCAUAUAAACAGGAAGACCCAGUAUGAGAACCCAGUGGUGGAGGCACGGCGUCAGAAGAUCCUGGAGCAGCAGCAGCCGCAGCCUCCAGAAGGUGAGCGGUAUAUUCGAGAGUGGAUAGAGGAGCAUUCCUCAGCUGAUGUUCCAUUAGCAAACUACGCUCCUAACCACCUGGAGACCUACAGGGACCCCCAGGGCCGGCCAAAUCUACCUCCGAUGCCAGGAGCCAAACGAGGGAAGCUUUUCUUCACAAGAAACCCAGCAGAACUGAAAGGAAUCUUCAUCAACACAAAGCUGAAGAAGAGCCGUCGCGGCUUCGGCUUCACGGUGGUCGGCGGUGACGAGCCAGAUGAGUUUCUACAGAUCAAAAGUCUGGUGCUGGAUGGGCCUGCAGCCGUGGAUGGCAAAAUGGAGACAGGCGAUGUGAUAGUCAGUGUGAAUGACAUCAUUGUGCUGGGCUACACCCACGCUCAGGUGGUAAAGAUCUUCCAAUCCAUCCCCAUCGGCUCCAUGGUGGACCUGGCCCUGUGUCGGGGCUACCCUCUGCCCUUUGACCCCGACGACCCCAACACCAGCCUGGUGACUUCAGUGGCCAUCGUGGACAAGGAGCCUAUCAUUGUCAACGGACAAGAGGCGUUUGACUCGCCUUCCAACCACGGCGGACCCGUUAACGGCAUGAGGGACCUGCGGUCGCACAGCCCCUCCACCGAGGUGGCGUCUAACGGCUCGCACGGCCACUCCAGCGAUGUGGUCAACAUGGCCUCAUCGAUAGCCACCCAGCCGGAGCUCAUCACCAUCCACAUGGAGAAGGGCGACAAGGGAUUCGGCUUCACAAUCGCAGACAGCCUGACGGGAGGAGGGCAGAGAGUCAAGCAGAUAGUGGACUACCCGCGCUGCCGUGGUCUAAAGGAGGGGGAUAUUUUGAUGGAGGUCAACAAGAGGAACGUCCAGAAUAUGAGCCACAAUCAGGUGGUGGACCUGCUGAGCAAAUGUCCCCGAGGCAGUGAGGUCACCAUGCUGGUGCAAAGAGGAGUGGUGCCAGCCAAGCGUAGUCCAAAGCUGGUGCACCAGCUAGAGAGGAAAGACAGCCAGAGCAGCUCCCAGCACAGUGUGUGCAGCCAUCGCAGCGCCCACACCGAUUCUCCAGGCCACCCACCCUCUGCCAUGCCCAGUGAGGCUGUGGUUCCCACUCCAGCGGCCCCCACCCAGCCUCUGCCAGGCCUGCCCCCUCAGGACCCCGCAGAUGGCACCCUCACCCUCCAGAAGAAGCCAGACCCCUUUAAAAUCUGGGCGCAGUCCAGGAGCAUGUACGAGAGCCGACUGCCAGAUUGCCAGGAGCAGGACAUUUUCCUUUGGCGGAAAGACACAGGCUUCGGCUUCCGUAUCCUGGGAGGAAAUGAGCCCGGAGAGCCUAUCUACAUAGGGCACAUAGUGAAGUACGGGGCAGCAGAUGAGGACGGGCGCCUGCGGUCGGGGGACGAGCUCAUCUGUGUGGACGGCACGGCGGUGGUGGGCAAGUCUCACCAGCUCGUGGUACAGCUGAUGCAGCAAGCCGCCAAACAGGGCCAUGUCAACCUCACUGUCAGACGCAAGUCACAGGGAUUUGGAGUGUCAAAAGGGGAAGGUGAAGUUCCCCCGUCGCCGGCCUCCUCCCACCACAGCAGCACCCAAGCACCCAGCCUGACGGAGGGCAAGCGGACCCCCCAGGGGAGCCAGAACUCUCUGAACACCGUCAGCUCUGGCAGCGGAUCCACCAGCGGCAUAGGCAGCGGGGGUGGAGGGGGCAGCGGGAGUGCGGUGGUACCUGCCUCCCUGCAGCCGUAUGACGUGGAGAUCCAGCGCGGAGAGAACGAGGGCUUCGGUUUUGUCAUAGUCUCGUCUGUUUCCAGGCCCGAUGCCGGCACCACAUUCGCUGGAAAUGCUUGUGUGGCCAUGCCCCACAAAAUAGGACGCAUAAUCGAGGGCAGCCCGGCAGACCGCUGUGGGAAGCUGAAAGUCGGGGACCGGAUAUUGUCUGUGAACUGCUGCUCCAUCACCAACAAGUCACACUCGGACAUCGUCAACCUGAUCAAGGAAGCCGGACACACAGUGUCGCUCAGGAUCAUUCCGGGUGAUGAAUCUUCCAAUGCUUCUCUGCUGACUAACGCUGAGAAGAUAGCUACCAUCACCACCACACACACACCUCAACAGACCACAGAGUCCAGGAAUAACUCGAAGUCGAAAGGAGCUCCUCUUCCUCCACCCAUACAAACUCAGACAGCACAGGAUGCCGAGUUCUACUCUGUGGACCUUGAGCGGGACGGUAAAGGUUUUGGCUUCAGCCUGAGAGGAGGGCGGGAGUACAGCAUGGACCUGUAUGUCUUGAGACUGGCAGAGGAUGGGGCUGCUGUCAGAAAUGGAAAAAUGAGGGUAGGAGAUGAGAUUCUGGAGAUUAAUGGUGAGAGCACAAAGAACAUGAAGCAUUCACGUGCCAUUGAACUGAUCAAGAACGGUGGUCGGCGAGCACGCCUCGUCCUCAAACGGGGAGAUGGAUCUGUUCCUGAAUAUGACGGCAGCAGUGACGGGCACCCUCCCACACCCGGGGCACAAAACACUCCGGAAGUGAGAACGCUGCCGCCUAACAGCCGAUAUCACACCUCAUUGGAGUCCAGUUAUCCACCAGACCUUCACAAACCAUCACGCCAGGAGGAGGCUGCGUGUGGCCGAGCAAGGGAAAGGGCUGGGUCAGAUCAGAUGGACUACCAAGGCCGGCAAAUUAAUCCCCACCAUCAUCACACCUGGAAUAACAAUCACAGUCAAAGUUCCCCCAGACAGCCGUCUCCAGAAGAUGGUCACAGCAGUAGCAGUGACAACAAGAAGAGCCGAGGCCGCAAAGUCAAGAAAUCCGAUUCAGAGAGCGGCAUCUCUAAACUCCUGAAGACUCUGAGGAAAGACAGCUCGGGGAAAAAGGCUGCAGCUGCCCAGAAACUGAGGGGGCGAGAGCUCUCAAACAGCAGCUCUACUUUGGACGGGAGGUCCCGGCAACGUCGCGGGUCCCUUGACCGCUCUCCAACAUCAAAGCAUGCCCCUUCUCCUGAUCGCCGGCGGGCCAAGUCCAUGGACCGCAGGGCAGAGCGAGCACAUCGCGACCGCACACCUGAGAGGGAGUACGACGAUGGCGGGUUCCUUGCAGCCACCCCUGAACGCAAGUUCUACGAGCGGAGGCUCCUCAAGGACCCGCAGACGCCUAGACAAGUCAAGGAGGCCACCACUCCAGAGCGGACCAACAACAACGGGGAUUCCUUGUCUCUUUCCAGGGGUCGUACAUGUGAGAGAGCCACAAAGAACGGCAACCUCCUGAGAGACUCUUCGCCAGAGAGCAGGCAGGAGAGAUUUCCGAUGAACGGGACACCGGAGCGACGAUACCGAGUUGAGCGGGACUCUUCCCCUGACAGCAACUACAGCCGGGAGGAGCUGAACUAUGCAGCAGCACCCAGACUGAAGGAUUACUACGGCAUGAUGAAGAACAACGCUGCACACAACAAUGCUGCCUACAACAACACGGGCCAUAACAAUAACGCAGCAGGCCGCAGCCCAAACCAGCUCCCUGAGCCCAAGAGAAGGCUGUACAAAGAAACCCCCAAAGACCUCAGCAUCUAGAGCAGAGACCCCCCUCGCCACUCUCUCCUCUAUCUGUGCAAACUAUGUACCAUACACUGGAAUUGGACUUCUGAGGAUACUAACUCUUGUGCUUCAUUUGGUUGACCGAUUUAUUUGAAUGAUUUGAUUAACUUAACUACUUGUGAUCCUACCCAGAGAUUCAUAAAACAGCAGGAGUACAAUCCUAUUAUCAGUUCAUACUGGUUGUUUUGUCAUUGUUAGAGUUAUUUUGAACAUAACAGAGGUUGUUGUACUAUAAUAAAGGUAUUGUAUGUGCCUGCAUAUGAAAUCAGUGAUAUUGCUUUUUGUAGGCAUUGCUGAAUCUAAAUAUUUGUUCCCUCAGAGGUAUGAAACAUGCUUCCAGUUGUGGUAUCUUCUAACUACUAAGCUUGUUUUCAACUUGUUUUUAGAUGUCUGUUCCAUUCCUGAAUUGCUUUACUGAACAAACUAUAGCACAAGACACUGAUGGUUCACAAGUGAAAGUCACGUUGGACUUCAGGCAAAAAUCUAAAUUUAAGAUCUGAUGGUGAAACUAGAGUGAUAAUUAUAUAAUUAAUAUAUGACUGUCAUUUGCUCACUAUUUAUUUUUUAUUUGGCACAUAUUGAGCAAGCUCAAUUUCUUGAGGACCAAGGUAGAAGUGCACACUGUACCUGGAAAAGCAUGCUGUACCCUUACUUGUGUUGCAUCCCUGAAAUGUGUGGCAGCUCACCCUCCUUUGCCUAAAUACACACACACACAUACACUUCUAAAAUUAAGAAUAGAGAUCAGACAAAAUUGGCAAUGUUGUUAAUAAUUGAUCCCUUGGAGGAGGAUUUUAAAAUAAAAAUGAAUACUCACAUUGUUUCCCAGUUUGAACUGAUGUAGCAGGGAAGUAACCCGACUCACUUUUAAAUACAGGCAAAACGGUUUUGGUAGACUGUUGUGGAAAAAUCUAAAUUUGUUACAAAAAAAAUUGAUAAAUUGUACUUAAUAUGAGUCUGCAUUUUGCCACAAUACCAGCUUGAAGCUGCCAUAAAAUAUGAUUUUUCAAAUAUGCCAAAAAAAAAAUUAAAACACAAAUGUGUAAGUUAAUCCUGUGCAAGAUGCAUGUGUAAAUUUAAGUGUAGUUUAACCACUUUAUCUGAUAGGUCUGAGCGAGAAUAAUCGAUAAGAAACAUGCACUGUACUCCCACAGUAAGUGUUAGCCCUGUCCCCAUGGUAACCACACUGCGCACCGACCACCUCCUGGGUCCUGACACAAAGAGCUGAUGUGGUUUCUUGUGUUGGUAAAUAUGGAGUCGCGGUACAGGAGACAACCAAUCUGCCAUGCUGAGCCAUGCUGUCACGCCACUGGAGUCUGACUGCUGCUUUAUAAUGUGUUUGUGUGUAUUCUCCGUUUUAUGUUUCAUUAAAAAAAAACUAAAAUAUAUUGGAUAAACCACAACAAAUGCAUUGUUUGAUCACUGUUGUCGCCAUGGUACUGUAUUAACAAAAAAGUAGAAAAAAAAGGAAAUACAUUUAAGAAGUUAACCUGUUGGCCAUCACCUGUAAAGAAUUUUCCAGUGUAACUAUUAGGAACCUGUCAAGGAUUAAAAUGUUGCCUUUUUCUUGUACAAAAGAGACAUUUAUGAAAAACCUCAGCAGUGAGGAAUGUGAUAUUGUGUUUAUAUCUCUGAAAUGGACCUGAUGAUUUAUGGGAAAUAUGUUAAUUUACUCUGGAUCAGGUAUGUAAAGACAUUUUAAAAGACUGUAUUUGGUCAAUCAGAAACUGUUUGAUGGUUUGAAUCUCUCUCGAUGGUUAGCCUGCCUUUGUAUUAUAAAGCACUUGUAUGCAGUCUGUGUUCUUCAAGCAUUAUUUCUUGCAAUGUGCUCCGGACAUAAUGCUGUCUCUGUGUUGAUAAAAGCAGUACAUGUAUAUGGGCCAAUCUUUUUUAUAAAACUAUGCAUAUAUAAAUACUACAUUGUUCAUAGCUUUAUUUGACCCAUGAAGCUAUACAUAACAUUAGUCUAAGUACAAGUAGAUGUGGACUUAUCCAGCUUCUUUCCUUGAGAUGGAUUACAAUGUAUAUGUAGCUAUCAAAAGAAGUCUGUGAAUGCUAUUUUUAUUAUCAAAUAAAGUUUUCCAUACAAAUUCAAAA